AUGGGCUGGCUUUUCACGGCUGGACUUCUGCUCGCCCUCAUCACCAUCAUGGCUACAGGUCUACCAGCGCCCCAAGGUGUACACGGUGCGUCACAAGCCGGCCUUCCGCAGAGCACGCCGAGUCCCUUUCCGACGGGAGGAGUGGGGGGAGUGCGCAGGACGCUUUCCGGUUGGAGGGAGUGGCGCAGGGCGGAUCCGACACUAAUCAACAGCCUGUGGAGGAGCAAGAUGGGGAACGGCAUCAGGAAGCAGCUAGGAAACGCCGAAGUCUACAUCAUGCUGGCGCUGCUGAUAGGCCUGGUGACCGUCGUCAUAGGGUGCUGGCUGUCGGACAACUGCUGGUCCCCCGAACCCGAAGGGCAGGUCGUCACGGUAGCCUGA